AUGCAUGCGCUGUACGAGUCGCUUUCCCUCCACCAGCAGGACGAACGGGAUCGGAGGAAGAUGCAGCUGGUACCCUGGCUUCUCCAUUGGUUCGUUUGGAGGGCGAUGGGAACCAUGAGGAUUCAGCGAUUCCUCCCCACGAAUGAUCGCUACAUGAAGAUCGCGUCGCCGAUUUCCGAGCUUUUCGUUGGCUUAGAGAUUCAGUGCGCCUUCGCUUGCACGGAGAAUUCGAUGUGCUUCAGCUAUUCAGUGACAAAGGCUUCAGGGGUCUUUUUAUGCCGCCUCGGAGGCAACUACGACGAACCAAGGACAUCUGAUGACAGCAGCACAUUUUUUUACAAAGAACUAACAGGGUACACAAAUGUGCCGGGAACCCAGAUUUACGUGAAGAUGACCGUGAAAAAUAUCACCCCGAUGGAUGCCGCGACUGCCUGCCAGAAUGAGGGGGCUCAACUCCUCUCCUCCAACAACGCAGCGGUGAACGCCUUCAUGACGCAGCUGUGGCGAAGGAGGCCGUCUGGCACUUAUUUCUGGGUCGGUGGGCGGAGCGUCGCGGUAACGGGCAACUGGGUGUUCCCAGAUGGCAUAGUGAUGGUGAUGGACCAAGCAAACAGAAAAAAUGUUCGGGCGAAGAUCUCGCCCCUGCGAGGAAGUCAUCCACCCUUCAGCGGGAUGAAAAUGGGCUCCAAGGGUUGGACGUGGAGAACCGUAAAGAACGGGGAAAGAGGGGCUGCUGCCUACAGCGAUGAGAGGGCACUGAGUUUUUGGGGGAGCCCGAAGGUUCUUGGGGAUUCCUGCCGAAGAGUUCGUGCAAGUCUUCCACGGGUCGGCCGGUUCAAGAUCAACGGUCAUCCGAGAUUUAUUUCGGGGGUCACGACGCAUGUGAUUGCUGGACGUAAGAAACUCGACUUGUCGUCGAUGGAGGAGAUUCCGCUGAUCCUUUUCUUUCCACGGGGAAGUUGGCCGUGCGAUGUGGAGUGGGAUUUCUUCCUCAUCCUCACCUCAUCCUUUCUCUCUCGGGAGCCUCAUGGCCAAGUCAUGGCCAAGUCAUGGCCGAGUCAAGACUGA